GUGAUUGAAUCGCCUUCCUCGCCAAUGUCUAUUGCAGUAAGUGAAGACGUAACAAACGAAGAUGAAUUGAGUAGUGAUGACGAACCUGAAGUUAUAGUGGAUUAUAAAUUGUUUAUAAAAAUGGCAGAUGGUGUUUCAUUACCUGCCAAGUGGUUUAAAGAAUCUGUAGAUACUGUUGAUGAAUUCCUUUCAUCUAUUCAUAGAAAAGUUCUUUUGAUGACAAAAGAUACAAUUUUGCCGAAUGAUUAUCGUGUAACAUUUAAAACACAAAGAGAAGCAGGUGCUGGUACUCAACUAGCUGAUGCACAAGAUUUUAUCAAAUUUAAAUCCGAAUGUACAAAAUUAGCCGAACGAGAUCCUGAAGACAAUGUUGGUGAUUACAAAAACAAUAAUCAGGUUCCAAGCAUUUCAUCUUUAUCUCCAUGUGAUAAAGAAGUUGCUAAAAACGCACUAGAAAUUAGACAAAGGAACGGACUAGCUACAAUCAAAGAUCUUCCAACGCAUCAGCUUUUUUCUCAUAAUAAUAUAUCUUCUAAAAAAUUACGCACAUCACUACAAACACAACAAUCUUCACCUCACGCAUCACCACGAAUACAACUAUUACAAUCUUCGUCCCAAGCUACACUACAAUUAUUGCCACAAGUGCUACCACAAAUGCAACUUCCGCAAUCACAAGUAUUACAAGCACAACCACAAUUAUUCUUAUCAUCAUCUCCAUCAUUACAAGCGCCAUUAUUAUCACCACAGCAAUACAAUUGGGCCUUUGGAUCACAAAUGUUUCAACCACACCAACCGCUAUUAACAAUUCCAUAUAAUCCGUAUCAAACAUUAUCUUAUACUACUCAACCACAACCUAUGCAAUAUAAUUCAAAUAUUUCUUCUACUUUUCCUACUAUGUCAGAAUUUCUUAAAGAAGUAGACGAAAAGGAAAAAACUGGAACUUAUUAUCAAAAUUUUUUAGGAGAUUUUGAAUCACAACGAAUAUUAGUAAAACAUUUAAGAAGAUUAACGGAUGAACAAUUUGAUAAAUGUAAAGUAACUACUAUUGGCACACAACAAACUUUACGUGAAUAUGCUGAAAGAUACUAUAGUUUCUAA